CCCGCGAGCCCAUCCGUGUGCCCUGGGAGCUGAGGAGAGGGACCCCUGAGAGGGAAGGAUAACCGGAAGUGGGGACCAGAGGAGCGAGAGACCCCAGGAAAUGGGGACACUUGGGGAGGGGGUGACAGCCGGAAGUGGGGGCCUCGGAAGGUUGUCCACGGGAUAUGGGGUCUCGGGGGCUCUAGGAGAGAUGGCUUCCUGCCUUCUCCAUGUUGAGAGGAAGGGGUGGAAAGGAAAGUGAUGCUCCAGAAAGGAUGGGCUCCAGGUGGGGGAGAUCUCUGGCUUCACCGUUACCAAUGGUGUCUGCAUCUCACUCAUAUGUCCGCCUGUCAGCUCAUUCACCAGCCUGUGACUGAGUCCUGCUGAGCGCUCGGCACUGCUGAGUCCCUGGAGAGUCAACAUGAAGCUCCAGGUGGAGGGUACAGAUUAGAAGCCCAGGGUGGGGCUAGACGCAUCCUUGCUCUGCCUCACCGGGUGUGCCCCCUUGGGCAAAUCGCUUAACCUAUAUCCUCCGCUGAUGUGUACAGACCACUGCCAUGUGCCCGGCACUGGGGGUGGCAGUGGACAUGGCAGACAAGCCCUCUGCCCUCGUGGAACUUAGAUUUUAGGGGACAGCCCUUUUUGUCCUCCUUUGUAAAAUGGCAACAGUAAUAGCGCUCUCACCAAAUAAUGUGAAGAUUAAAUGAGGAGAUGGGUAAAGGGCUUAGCAAUGCUUGAUACAUGGUAAAAUGCUCAAGUAUGCAUUCUCUUCAUUCCACUAUAAUGUAAGCUUUAUUAGGCAAGGAAUUGUAUUGUUUGCGUCUGUGUUCCCAGUGCCUGUGAGCACAGUGCCUGACAUAUAUGGUAGGUGAUCGGUAAUUAUUUGAUAAAUGAGUGCGUGGUGAAACUGACUCUAGAUAAAUGCCCAUAGCAUUGGACUGUAAUUUCUAAAAAAGAAAUAGGAACCCAGUUCUGUGGAAAACUGGAGGGAAUCACCCUCAGGGAGUUUGGGAAGGAUUCACAGAGGUGGUGACAUGGCAGCUGAGCCUGAGCUGUCAGGAACAAAUUAGAAGAGGAAAUUCCAGGCAGAGUGUAUCAGAAGUGCACGAGUUAUUCCAAGGAUGAUGGGUUAUUAGUUUGUUUUGACUGGCAUUUAAUGUGCAUCAGGUGGGGUGCGAUGGAAAAUGAGGCUGGAGAGAGGCUUUGAGGUGAGGCUUGUACCUUGUGAACACUGAUGUUUGAUGGGAUUGCAGGCAUCUCUUGUACCUUGUGAACACUGAUGUUUGAUGGGAUUGCAGGCAUCUCUUGUACCUUGUGAACACUGAUGUUUGAUGGGACUGCAGGCAUCUCUUGGUUACUUCCAUAGAAACAAAGCCAUAGUUGUUCCAUUCCUCACUUAGCAUACCUGUGCCAACCAGACUAAAGUCAUUCAACAAAUAUUUAUGGAGUGCAGAUUAUGUGUCUAACACCGUGUUAGGCGCUGGGUUUCAGGUGAUGAACAAGACAAACUUGGAGGUUGCUCACAAAUUGCCAACAGACAAUUGCAACAGGGUGGGAGAAGUGCGGGGGAGGCACCUAACCUGGCUGGGGGUCAGUGAAGGCUACCUACUCCAGGCCACCAGCAUCUCUCAGCUGGAUUAUUGCAAUAGCCUCUAAAUGGUCUGCUUCAGUCCUCACUCCCUUAGAGUCCAUUCUCAAGACAGCAGAUUGGUCCUUUUCAAAUAUAUUUUUAUUUAUUUAUUUAUUUAUUUAUUUAUUUAUUUAUUUAUUUAUCUGAGAUAAGAGUCUCGCCCUGUCGCCCAAGCUGGAGUGCAGUGACGUGAUCUCGGCUCACUGCAACCUCCGCUUCCUGGUUUCAAGCGAUUAUCCUGCUUCAACCUCCCAAGUAGCUGGCACUACAGGCCCGCACCACCAUGCCUGGCUAAUUUUUGUAUUUUUAGUAGAGACAGGGUUUCACCAUGUUGGCCAGGCUGGUCUCGAACUCCUGACCUCAGGUGAUCCAUCCACUUCAGCCUACCAAAGUGUUGGGAUUACAGGCGUGAGCCACCACACACAGCCCGAGAAAAAAAUUUAAAAAUUAGCCAGGCGUGGUGUGUGCCUAUAGUCCCAGCUACCUGGGAGGCUGAGGCAGGAGGAUUGCUUGCACUUAGGAGUUCGAGGUUGCAGAGAGCUAUGAUUGCGCCACUGCACUUCAGCCUGGGUGACAGAGCAAGACCCUGUCUCUCUCUUAAACAAAAAAGUGCAUGAGUUCGGGUCCUCUAAGAAGCAGACACUAGGAUGAGGUUAGACGUGCUAGAAAUUUAGAGGCAACCCUUGCGAAGGACAGCACCUGGGAAGGGAGCUGGAGAAGUCAGGAAGAGCCACUGGCAGUGAUGCAGAUCAGCUCCUGUGAAGGAGGUUUGGGCAGCAAGUCUCUGACUGCAGGGCAGUCCCAACAAAGGUUUGGCCAGGCCCUCAAGCAAACGCUGCCUGUUAGAGGAGUCCUAUGUCUCAGUAAAUCAUUGGCUAGGAGCAGUGAGGCCACAGAAGGGCUGUGGAAAGUUCUGGCUUCCCCUGGAUAGUGGAUCUAGAGGGACAGCCACUGGGGCCCUUUAUCAAUUACGUUUUCCCAGCAGAUCUGACCGGCACAUAUUCCCGACUGCCACGAUAAGUUACAUGGGUAUGUGGUAAAAAAUUCAAACAGUAUAGUAAAAAUCCUCUUUCUCAUCUUAAAUCUUCACUUGUCCAGUUCUGUUCCCAAGAGAUAACCAUUGGGACCUUGGUAGCUAAUGUCCGAAGAAAGUGACUCUCUGAGAACCAGCCCUUCUGUGGCCUCACUCUCUGAAAAUGAGCUGCCACCACCACCUGAGCCUCCGGGCUACGUGUGCUCACUGACAGAAGACCUGGUCACCAAAGCCCGGGAAGAGCUGCAGGAAAAGCCGGAAUGGAGACUUCGAGAUGUGCAGGCCCUUCGUGACAUGGUGCGGAAGGAGUACCCGAACCUGAGCACAUCCCUCGACGAUGCCUUCCUGCUGCGCUUCCUCCGAGCCCGCAAGUUUGAUUACGACCGGGCCCUGCAGCUCCUCGUCAACUACCACAGCUGUAGAAGAAGCUGGCCCGAAGUCUUCAAUAACUUGAAGCCAUCAGCCUUAAAAGAUGUCCUUGCUUCCGGGUUCCUCACCGUGCUGCCCCACACUGACCCCAGGGGCUGCCAUGUCGUCUGCAUCCGCCCAGACAGAUGGAUACCGAGCAACUAUCCAAUUACUGAAAACAUCCGAGCCAUAUACUUGACCUUAGAAAAACUCAUUCAGUCUGAAGAAACCCAGGUGAAUGGAAUUGUAAUUCUUGCAGACUACAAAGGAGUGAGUUUAUCAAAAGCAUCUCACUUUGGCCCUUUUAUAGCCAAAAAGGUGAUUGGCAUCCUCCAGGAUGGUUUCCCCAUUCGGAUAAAAGCAGUCCAUGUUGUGAAUGAACCUCGAAUAUUUAAAGGCAUUUUUGCCAUCAUAAAACCAUUUCUAAAGGAGAAAAUAGCAAACAGAUUCUUCCUCCAUGGGUCUGACUUGAACUCUCUCCACACAAACCUUCCAAGAAGCAUCCUCCCCAAGGAGUAUGGGGGCACGGCUGGGGAGCUGGACACUGCCACCUGGAACGCGGUACUGCUGGCUUCAGAAGACGAUUUUGUGAAAGAGUUCUGCCAACCUGUUCCUGCCUGUGACAGCAUCCUGGGCCAGACGCUGCUGCCUGAGGGCCUGACCUCAGAUGCACAGUGUGACGACUCCUUGCGAGCUGUGAAGUCACAGCUGUACUCCUGCUACUAGCCCGUCCCCCAGGGUCACCAUCUUUAAUUCUUUUCCUUCUUUUCUUUGGAGAGGCACAAGGAGAAUUUAAGGGUCCAUGGAUUCAGUCUUGCUCCUUGUAAUUAAACUGCAGGAUGGAGGAACAGCCUGAGAUAUGAGCGUGAGCCCAUUUUGGGGUAAGCCUUUGGUUACUUGAAUUACUCCAUGGAAGACAUGGAAAAUGUCCCCACUGAUUCUUAAACAUUUGGAAUCCCAGUCUGCAACUAUUAAUCUGGAGGCUAUAUCUGUUUUGUUUUGCUUUUUGGUUGGGGGGUGGUGAUCUGGUUCUUACACAUCUUGGAAGCAAGAACAAUCAGGACCAAAGUCACUUUGAUCCCACUUUUCCAGGAGAAAAACCACCUGUUUGGCCAGUGAGAACUACUUGUAUGAAAUAAUUUGGCGAAACCUUCAGUGUGACCAAAUGUGAGACGGGGAAGUUUGUGUUUUUCACAGGAACCCUAAGUAUAGACCUCUGCUGCUCAUCAGGAAACUUACCGGAGAUGAAGGCCCCAGCUGUUGUCACCGGGUUUGGAAAGCACCUUAACUGAAUCAUGUAAGCAUCAGGACAUAAGCAGCACUUUGUGGUCAAAUGUAGAAGCCGGAGACUUCAAAGCACCUCUGGGACCCACUGGUUGAAGUCUGCAAUAGAAACUUAAGUUUUCCCAAAUCCAUAAAGCCUUAGCCCUGGUUCUCAAUAGAAUCAGGGACCUAGCAGGAAAUGAUUUUACUCAACCUAAAAUGCUGGAUUCCAGGCCCGUGUAGCUAUAAGAAUUCUGGCCUGGAUCCCAGGUGUGCAACUAUGGACAAGAUAUGGGCCUCUACUUUCUCCUCUAUAAAAUGAGGCUGGAUGAAAUGUCAGCUAGGGCCAUUUUGGCUGCUGAGGCUCUGGGAUUUGGUUUAGUUACUGAAUGUUAGAUUUUCUGCCUAGAAAGAUAACUAUCUCGAUACAAGUGGUUGGAUCCUGUUUUUGUUUGUGGUACAUGUGUCUUUCCAAGAGAGAUGUGUCACCAAUUAGCCCUGCCUUUAAAGAAACUAUUAUGUGGCCGGGCGUGGUGGCUCACGCCUGUAAUCCCAGCACUUUGGGAGGCCGAGGCGGGUGGAUCACAAGGUCAGGAGAUCGAGACCAUCCUGGCUAACACAGUGAAACCCCGUCUCUACUAAAAAUACAGAAAAUUAGCCGGGCGUGGUGGCGGGCGCCUGUAGUCCCAGCUACUCGGGAGGCUGAGGCAGGAGAAUGGCGUGAACCCAGGAGGCGGAGCUUGCAGUGAGCCGAGAUCGCGCCACUGCACUCCAGCCUGGGCGACAGAGCGAGACUCCGUCUCAAAAAAAAAAAGAAACUAUUAUGUGUAUUCCUGGGACUCACUGACACCAAUUUUCUUUUUAUAGUGAUGGUUCAAUUUUGAAAAGAUGGCUUUUGUGAGGCCAGGUUAAGGUGACCAGGAUCUUGUAUGAUGAAUUCCUUCCAUCCCUGAGACUCAGGUACUAUAUUGUAAACCUGGCUACAGUAGUUAAUUACUUUAGAUUCUUUAAUUUUGGACUCUGGGCCGGGCGUGGUGAUUCAUGCCUGUAAUCCCAGCACUUUGGGAGGCCAAGGUGUGCGGAUCACAAGGUCAGGAGUUCGAGACCCGCCUGGCCAAGAUGGUGAAACCCCAUCUCUACUAAAAAUACAAAAAUUAGCUGGGCGUGGUGGCGGGCUCCUGUAGUCCCAGCUACUCGGGAGGCUGAGGCAGAAGAAUCGCCUGAACCCAGAAGGCAGAAGUGGCAGUGAGCCAAGAUCACACCACUGCACUCCAGCCUGGGCGACAGAGCAAAACUCUGCCUCAAAAAAAAAAAAAAAAAAAAAAAUUUUUUUUUUUGGUCUCUGGAAAUGAACACAAGGGCAGGUUAUUGCUGGGUCACUUCUGGGCCCCCCUGCCCUCCCAGCCCCACUUGAGUUUCUCUCUCUGGUGUGGGUGAACCAGUCAGCCUGAAUGUUCUGCAUUUCAGCACUUUAGAACCUCCCUGUGAAGACUUUAGCCUUCCUUAGCCCAAACAUCAAAUUAGAUGGUUCACAUGAUGGUUUUUGACCUAAUUCCUUUCUAAUGUAUUCCACAUGAUCAUGGUGUUAAAUAGUGAAAAGUACUGUGUUGUGUGUGCACCUUCUCCGUGCAUUUAUUAGACUAACCAGUCAAGCAGACAGCUCAGUUAGGGAGAAAACAAUACGCUGAAAUUUGAAGGCCAGUCUGUUGUUACUAAGCUGUUUAUCUCUAUUGCCUUUUUAAAUGUCUGGAUAAGUUGUUGGUGGAAAUUAAGUUACUUAACCUCAUUAAUACCAAUUCUAGAGAAAGUGCUUUUCACCAUGGAUAGUAACCCUGGAUCCUCUAGGGUACUGGCUGAGCUGGAAGUGCCAAAAAGCACUCCUGGCUGCUUCUGAUUCCAUCUGACGAUGAUGUGACCCGCACUGCUGAAAAGGCCCAAGCAGGGCAAGUGGGAUGGCUGAAGGAGGGAAGGAGGGGGUUCAGAACCCACUGGCCUGGAUGGGAGAACUGGGUGGAGGCUUCCCCAAGAGGGAAGACAGAUAAACAAAACAAAACAAAACAAAAACUGGGUAAAGAGGAAUGAAUCACUCAGCCCUGAUGUUUCAAUUCUACACUGCAUUCCUGGCCAGUAGCAUUUGUUUUAAUGCAGGCAUGGCCACAGCUCUCCUAGAGAAUUAUCUCAAAGACCAGAAGGGACCUGGAGAGGCCUAUUUCUUAGGUUUUUCCAGUUGGACAAGGAAGGAGUGGUUUCACUCAGCUUCUAGAAGGAGUUGGAGCCUAAGUUUAUCUGCCUCCGGGAGCUGCUUGCUUUAUUUUGGCUCCGAAGAGGUAUCAGAUAGUUUUGACACCUCAGGAAACUUGAACCAAGCUCUGAAACCAAGACCUCCCUGCGUGAAAAUCAAGGUGGUCUCCUUGUGGCUUCACCAGGGUGUUUGUGUCAGGCUGUCUCAGCAGGGUGGGGAAUGACCAGCCAGGGAGCAUAGUGAGCCUUACUCAGCACUGGGGAGCGCACUGGUGAGGCAAACCCAUGAACCUCAAGAACUGGGAGUAUGUUCCUUCAGGGAGAAGUUCUGGCCCAUUGCACAAACACUUGGAAAUUAACUUUUCCCUAAAUUCAAGGUAGUGUGGUGUCGGAAGGAAAUGGGACAGUAAAUUAGGAGACGCGGGCUCCACCUUUACCUUACUACGUGGCUUUUGAUGAGCUGGCUUAACAUCCCUGAGUGAUUCUAUGAUAGAGAUCUAUACUCCAAACUUUAUUCCUGGUAUCUAGUUGGCUUCACUGCCACAGAGACACUGUACUCUCUCUUUUUAGAAGUUCUUUUCCUUUUUUUCCCCCUCAAUUGGCUUGUUAUUUAGUAAAUUUAGGUCUGAAUGAAUUGGUACCUAAAAGCUUCCAAAUCUAUACAUUUCAGAAUAUGGGAAUUUUCUUCCUCUUCUUCCCCCAUAUCCCAACAUGGAAUUCUGGAAAACUGUGCCUUUUCCCCUGUUCUGCCUUCAUGGGGGAAAGACUGGAUGAAAUCUACAAAAACAGCCAAAAGUGCCACCCUGGCUUCAUGUCUUGAAUUUCUAACUUGCUCUUGGCAAAGGUCGCUUUAUUUUUUAAUUUUUUUCCUUGCAUUUUCUUUUUUAUUCUAUUGCUGCUGCAAAAAUUAAGGCAAAAGUAGCUUUCGAUCUUUCAUAUUUCAUCCUGGUUUCACAAGGAGUCACUUAUCUUAGGAGGUCUGUAAGUCAGGUUACAAGGCCGGGAGCGGUGGCUCACACCUGUAAUCCCAACACUUUGGGCAGCUGAGGUGGGUGUAUCACCUGAAGUCAGGAGUUUGAGACCAGCCUGGCCAACAUGGUGAAACCCCGUCUCUACUAAAAAUACAAAAAAUUGGCUGGGCAUGGUGGUGGGUGCCUGUAAUCCCAGCUACUUGGGAAGCUGAGGCAGGAGAAUCACUUAAACCCAGGUGGCGGAGGUUGCAGAGAGCCGACAUCGCGCCAUUGCACUCCAGCCUGGGUGACGAGUGAAACUCCAUCUCAAAAAUAAAAAUAAAAAUUUAAAAAUCAGGUUACAAAACACCAUUUUUCCCGAAAUAAGACAAUAAGAGGCUUUUCUCUGAAUUCCUUUAUAUUAAGCCUUUCAGAAUUCUCCCUGGGUGGGCAAUUUCUUUAAAUAGUAUUUGACUCUCAGAUCAAUCAUGGGAUUUUUUUUCAUUUGGGUAGCAAACGCUAGAAUACUGCUGUGGCGAUUAUAAUACUUUUAAAAAGUUUUACCAUUUUAAAGUUGCCAACAUUUAAGGUUUUCCUUUGAAGCCUCCUUUAAUUUAGGGAGUAAAAUGUUAGCUAAACCAAUUAUAUACUAUAUACUAUACACUGUAUCUCCUGUGGCCAUGAGAAGUGUGGCUAUACCGAACAGAAACAUGCCUACUGUUCAGGAAAGAUGUCAGUUCUGGUAACACCUCUCCGUAUUGGGAUCUGUUAAUUUUGUAAAUCUAAAUUCUUCUGCUCUUGGCCAGGUGCAGUAGCUCAUGCCCUGUAAUCCCAGAACUUUGGGAGGCUGAAGGGGGGCGGAUCAUUUGAGGUCAGGAGUUUGAGACCAGCCUGGCCAACAUGGUGAAACCCCAUCUCUACUAAAAAGUACAAAAAUUAGCUGGGUAUGGUGGUGCGUGCCUGUAAUCCCAGCUACUUGGGAGGCUGAGGCAGGAGAAUCGCUUGAACCCGGGAGGCAGCGGUUGCAGUAAGCCAAGACUAUGCCACUGCACUCCAGCCUGGGUGACAAAGCAAUAUUCUGUGUCAAAUAAAUAAAUUCAUUCUUCUGCUCUCCUGACUUAGAGAAAUGGUUUGCUUAAAAUGCUAGUAACAAACAUCAUCACAGUCAACAGGAGCUUGCUUCAUGCAAAGGAUCAAUGUGAUUUGUGGAUGGAGAUGAUAGUGAUGAAAUUCCUGUUUCAUGGGGCUGUUUUUCUUUUCAUCUCACUGGGCAGCAGGUUUAGUGAGGCAGUGAGAUGCUGCUGGUGUGGAUUCUUGUAGCUAUGCCUCGGCUUCUUGGCAUAUCAGGUAGGAACCUGUUACAAGUGAAAUACUUGAAACCUCUCUGACCAAGAGCCUCUGAUGGAGUGGGAGGUGAGCUAAUUUUCUGACCAGCUUGGGGCACUGUUUCAGCCACUGGUCACAUUCCUUGCUUCAAACUGAAAUUCAGUUUGGCUUUGAGUAUAGGGAUACAUGGUGGAUUCAUGUACUUCAGUGUUUGUUUUGACCAAAGUUUAUUUUUCUAGUGCAUUUUCUAAGUCAAAGUGGUGAAAAUAUGUAAUUUUAGUAUGCAUGACUGAGUCUGAAACAAUAAAAAUCUCUGAAAAA